GUACCAGGAGAGCCAAGAAACCACACACGAAUCUCUGCUGUUUUUUUUUUUUUUUUCCUCUGCUCCACCACCUCUCUCCAGUCUUUCUCCUCUUCACUGUCACUGUGACUAGCGGGAGACUUUCACUUUUCACCAACCCAGCAUCUUCAAGCUACUGAUUAUAUUUUUAUUACAAGAGACCUGGAAGUCGAGAAGGGGAAAAGGCACAAGACUUUGCAACAAAUCAUGUGAAAAUCGAAAACCAGCCAACGAAUAUUUUCUAUAUAUUUUUUAAAAGAGAAAAUGUAUUUUUAAUAUUAUCUGCCAAGAGAACCUUCAUUACUGUAAGGAAAUCUUUUCCAUCACCGUGGUCAACAGAGAGAUGACAGCUUCGUUUUAAUUUUUGAAUACAACCUUAAUUUGUUGCUUUUAAUUUUUUCGUCCUCUUCCGAGUUGGGGUAUCUGCCCCCUACUCCUUUCCUCGAAUUUUCAGUCUCUAAGAUCUGAGAUAAAAUCUCUGAGGAGGUUUUUCCCCCCAAGCCUCCAAAAUGAUGCUCAGUCCGGACCAAGCUGCCGACUCGGACCACCCCAGCUCCGCACCCUCGGACCCCGAGUCUCUGGGCGGACCGGACGCUAAGGUGCUGGGCAGCGUAUCGGACCUGGAGCCAGUGGAGGAGAGCGAGGCCGAUGGCAAGGGAGGCAGCCGAGCCACGCUCUACCCGCAUCCGCAGCAGCUGAGCCGCGAGGAGAAGCGGCGCCGCCGCCGAGCCACCGCCAAGUACCGCUCGGCCCACGCCACCCGGGAGCGCAUCCGCGUGGAGGCCUUCAACCUGGCCUUCGCCGAGCUCAGGAAACUGCUGCCCACCCUGCCCCCGGACAAAAAGCUCUCCAAGAUCGAGAUCCUGCGCCUGGCCAUCUGCUACAUCUCUUAUCUCAACCAUGUGCUAGACGUGUAGGGACGGGGGUCCAGAGGGAGCCGGCUCGUCUGUCUCUGAGGCCUGGACAGACCGAGGCGGCAGCGGCCGGGACAGUGGUAUUGGGGUUGCAGGAGGACGCAAUGUUGCUGCUGCUGCUGCUGCUGCCGCCCUGGAAUGACUUUGCGAGGGGAGAAGCUUGGAAAAUAAUCUGCCUGGGGAGAAGGGAAAGGUGGGGCCCCCCAUUCUGACCUCGAAGGGGUGGGAGGGAAAAGGGGAGCAUUGCGAUUCUGGGGAUGCAAAAAGAUUUUUUUGUUUUUGUUUUUCGGGCCAGGAGUACCUCAUGAACCCUAGCUGAGAUAGCCACCUCCAGGCCCCCUCUCUUCUGACUGUCUAUUACUAUCCCUUGCGUGGGUCAGCUUGAGCUAACUCGAGGACUUGCAUUUUUUCACCCUGAUCUGCCACCCCAUCUUUUCUUUUCUCGUUUAAAGGAGGAAGGCAAAAGGGUGUCUUAGGCUAGUGGAAAUUUUUCUCGUUGAAAAAAAUCACCAGUCAGGAAAAAAAAAAAAAAAGAAAAGAAAAGAAAAGAAAAAAAGAAAACUUCUUCCACUGUGGAGAUUAAGGGCCCUUUCAAAAGCUUUUCUUUCUGUAGUGACAAGAAAUGAUGUAGAAAACUGGCAAAAAACAAACAAAACAAACAUACAAAUAAAAAGCAAGUUGGCUGUUUUUGCAAGGCUAAAAAGAGAACCAGGAGGAAAUAAACACAUUGUGAGGAGAUUUGAACUUGGCAAAAUCUUAGCUGUAAGAUAUGAAUAUAGAAAGGAAAAAAUCCAUAUUUACAUGGAUAAUUUAAUAUCAAAUUGCUUUUUCAGGCUAAGUGCCCCUUUACAUAUCCAAAAACAUCUACUUGUGACCUUAAACAUGUGACCCAUGGGUGCAGUUAGAAAAAAAUAACAGAACUAUUUUUUAUUUAUGUUAUAAGGAGUAGACUAUUUUUUUCAAAACAUUUAUUUUUCAGAGUGGUGACAAUUUUACUUUGGAUACUUUGUGCCAAUUUAUUUCUAUAGUCGAGUGUUUACACUUUUCCUGUGGAAUAAUUAUGUCUAACUUUUUAAGUGUUUGUUGGGGUUAUCCAGUGGUCUUCAUUUUGCGCCAAUUAUAUUGCACUUGUAUGACAAACGCUCCUCCCUGUUUCUAAACAUAUUUUAUAUAUUCAGAUGUUUGUUCUUGAUUUGUGUGAGAUCAACAACACUAGCACUUCACUAUUAUAGUUUUUUAAAAAAAGAAUUACUUGUUGUUAUUCUUAUCUGUAGUUAUGUCAGAAAAGUACUUUGCAAACAGUUUAUAUAAGGAGAGUAGCUUCUUUGUGUGUGUGAUGUAUGUGUGUGGGAUGUUUUUAGGAAAUUGAGUUAUUUUCCUAAAAAAAAAUCCAGAACUACUUUCCUCUGUGACAACCAAAAAAAAAAAAUCUAUAACCUGAAAAUGUUUCAUGUUCUCUGCUGUGAAUCUCUUAAAACAAGGAGUGCGUUUUAGAGACAAAAAAAAAAAAAAGAACACAUCUGCUAUCCAAAGAUUUUAGUCUUUUUCAGGGUUUUUUUGUGUCUCUGUUGCUUUAUAUAAUGCAAUAUUUUGUAGUGAAAAUAGAUAUAAUCUGGUUUCUAUCUGACGCGUUUUUCAUAUCUCAUGAAUGGUGCGCUGUUUUGCAUAUAAAUAAAGGUAUCAAAUACAA